AUGGUAGACUUUGCUAUGGAUGUGUACAAAAACCUUUAUUCUGAUGAUAUUCCUCAUGCUUUGAGAGAAAAAAGAACAACUGUUGUUGUACAGCUGAAACAGCUUCCAGAAGAAACCGAAUCAAUUGUGAAGAUGUUUGAAGAUCCAGAAACUACAAGACAAAUGCAGUCAACCAGGGAUGGUCGGAUGCUGUUUGACUACCUGGCAGAUAAGCAUGGUUUCAGGCAGGAAUAUUUAGAUAUACAGUACAGAAAAAAGCUAAGGGAAUGUGAAUCGGUUCUAGUGAAUGAUUUCUUCUUGGUGGCUUGUCUUGAGGAUUUCAUUGAAAAUGCCCAUCUCUUCAUAUUUGAGACUUUUUGUUACAUCGAUCAGUGUAUCAGCAUUAACAUGUUGGUAGAAAAACAGAACAUGGCUCCAGAAGAAGCUGAAAGGUGGAUUGUAAAUUUGAUUAGAAAUGCAAGGCUGGAUGCCAAGAUUGAUUCUAAAUUAGGUCAUGUGGUUAUGGGUAACAAUGCAGUCUCACCCUAUCAGCAAAUGAUUAAAAAAACCAAAAGCCUUUCAUUUAGAAGCCAGAUAUUGGCCAUGAAUAUUGAGAAGAAACUUAAUCAGAAUAGUAGGUCAGAGGCUCCUAACUGGGCAGCUCAGGACUCUGGCUUCUAUGGAAGAACUGUACAGGAAAAUUGA